CCCCGCGCCACGAGCCGGCUGCCGAGAGAACCCCAUUCGCGAUGGCUCCGCUCUCGUCGCCGUCGUCGCUUCUUCUUCAGUGACGCGUCCCCGGCUCCUCUUCAUCUGCGGCCAUAGCUCGUAGACGCCUCCUCUUCAGCGAUAUUUCCGUCGCUCCUCCACACGUCCGUGUAGAAGGCGGUCCUCAGCGGUACCCGUCCUCUCUCUCUCUCUCUCGGCGCUGCACGAAACGAUGUUUUCUGGCGUCAAAUUUGUACCCAGGGAUCAGCUCCUUUCAUCAUCAGCAAAGAAACCCCAUUCGGACUCGGAUGGAUCUGGAGGGGAAGAGAAGAAGUAUUCUAGCACCAUCAAGAAGUCUAAGACGAAGAAGAGAAGUAAACGAGACGGUGGUGAUGCCUCUUCGGAAGAUGAUGUUCACAAAAUGAUCUCUACAAGAGGGAAACGAGUGAAGAACAAGAACAAGAAGAAUAAAAGGAGUAAGAAGCACCAUAGCUCCUAUGAUGAUGAUGAUGACGAUGAAGGUGAUGAUAGUACUCUAAGAACUUCAGAUAGCGAAUCUUUGGACGUCAAGGAGGUCAAACGAAGUAAAAGUCGGAGGAAGAGGAGAAGAAGAAGACAGGAAUUGUCAGAGGAUGACUAUUCUUCAUCGUCCGAUGAGUAUGCAGAGAAGAAAGAGGAUAGUGAUGAUGAUGGUAGAGACUUACUUCACCAGAAUGACAAAGAGCUUGCGAGGAAGGAGUUGGGAUUAGACUGGAUGCUGAGACCGGCGGGCAGGAUGACAGAGAAUAGUCGUGCAGAAGUGGAGGAAGAAACCGAGGAACAUAAAACUGUUGAGGUGACGAGAACAAAUCCAAAGGAAUUGAAUCCAUAUCUGAAAGAUAACGGCAGUGGGUAUCCAGAUGAUGCAUCUAUUUCGGAGGCUAGUGACAGACUUUUCUCUUCUUCAGUUGUUGGUGAUGGUGGAGCAAGCUGGAGAUUGAAAGCCUUGAAGCGUGCGAAAGAGCAGGCAGCUCGUGAAGGACGAAAACUUGAUGAGGUUGUUGAAGAACGAUGGGGCUCAUUGGGCCAGUUGACUGCAACUGUGGUAGCUCAUAGAGCUGCCCCGGCUCGUGCUCAUCUGCGUGCAAUAAAUGACAGAAAGAGGGGGCCAAUGGAAUUGUCUGAAGUGGCCCCAUCUGAUGAAACUAAAGAAGGCAUUCAAGAGGUGCGCAGUGGAGGCCGUGACUACUUACGUGAUGUUUCUUCUCAAAUUCCUCAGAUGAGAAAACCUAGACAUGAUGACUUGUCCUGGAAAAGGAAUAAAGGUCGUAACAUGUCUAUGGAGGAUAAAUCCCUAAUUUCUUCAGCAAUAUCCAGCUUAAAUAGAUUUGCAAAUGAUGGGAACUUUAUGGAUAAUAUUGCUCGGUUUCAAAGUAAAGAUGAUGGCAUUUCAAAUAGCUCUUCUGGCGCAAGUCCAAAGGCGAGCAGCAAUUGCAUGGAGAAGAGAUUGCACACUCCGAGAGACAGAGGUCCUGAUGAAGAAGCCUCAGCCCAGAAACAAGUACAGAGUGCAAAUCAAUUAGCAGCUAAGGUGUUGCAGCUUCGUAUGAAAGGAAAGCAUGAUGAGGCUGAGAAACUUUCGAAAGAAAUGGAGGCCAUGGUUGACAAACCAGACGCUGGCACCCAAUCAGUUAGAGUGGAAACAGAGGGAAGCACAAGCAGAUAUAUCAGGAAGCAGAUGUCUAGGGAACAUAAGAGGAGAGAAGAUGAUGCUGAUUUGCAUCUUGCAAAGACAAUAACGCAGAACAAACAGUAUAGUUUGGGUGAAGAUGAGGAGUAUGGUUUUGAUGUUGCUCCUAGCAGAAAACGUAACAAGAAGAAAGAGGAGAUGCCUGCUGAAAGAAGUAUAUCAAGACGACUCUUAACUCAACAAGAGCGCUGUCAAUUUUGUUUUGAAAAUCCAUCAAGACCAAAACAUCUUGUUGUGUCAAUUGCAAAUUUUACAUACUUGAUGCUGCCUCAGUGGCAACCUGUCGUUGAAGGCCAUUGCUGCAUUUUACCAAUGCAGCAUGAAGCUGCAACAAGAUCUGUUGAUAAAAAUGUUUGGGAGGAGAUCCGCAACUUCAAGAAGUGCUUGUUGAAGAUGUUUGCUAGAGAUGAUAAGGAUGUCGUGUUUCUUGAAACUGUUGUAGGGUUGGCAAAGCAGCGUCGUCACUGUUUACUUGAAUGCAUUCCUAUACCCCAUUUGCUCGCCAGUCAAGCACCUAUGUAUUUUAGAAAGGCAAUUGAAGAAGCUGAGGAAGAGUGGGGCCAGCAUGACAUGAAGAAGGUCAUCCCAACAAGUGGGAAUCUGCGGCAAGUGAUUCCUGAAAAUUUUUCUUAUUUCCAUGUGGAAUUUGGCCUCGACAAGGGGUUCGUUCACGUGAUCGACAAAGACAGUAAUUUCAACAGUGGCUUUGGUUUGAAUGUCAUCAGAGGCUUACUACGCCUUCCAGAGGAAGACAUGUACCGACGCCGAAGGCAUGAACCAAUAGAGAAGCAAAAUCAGGCAGUCGCUAAUUUUGCACGGGAGUGGGAACACUUCGAUUGGACAAGAGACCUUGAUUAAAUGAAGAUGAGUGAAUCUUUUAAUCACCUGUAGCUUGAAAUAUGAAGUAUAACAUGUAUGUUUUAGAUCAAAAUUAUAUCAGAACAUGUAUUUUCUUUCAUCAAUUCGUUUUCUGCUGAGGAAAGUAAUUUACGAUCUUUUAGCAAUUUAUAUUCUGAUU